AUGCCUCCAUCAAUGAAGAGUAUUUUAUUCUACCAUACCUGGACCAGCCCAUCAGCUCCUGGGGGUCAGCCAGGAUCACAAAGGGUUCCAAUGGAAGAAUUUGGUUCCAAUCUGAGAGAGUUUCUGUUGUUGGAAUAUGCAACAAGUCUGAUGUCGCAUAAAAGUCUAUGGAUUGUAGGGGUCAGCUAUCUUGACCACUGUCCAGAGUUUGGAAGGAAAUAUUUGGAACAUUUCAUGGAAAACAUUUCUAUAGAAUCAGAAAAGAAAGCCCAGAAACUGUUACACAUAUGCCAGGAGAGGAACUUAGUAGAACAAGCCAAGUCCAUCUGUAAGGUGAUGGGAAGAAGACAUAUGCAACAUAAACGACUUGGUGCUGCACUCACCUGGUUCCUCAAGUCUAAGGAUGUAGCCCUUUCCACAGUGAUAGCAGAACGAUUCCUGUUCGAGUACAGCGAGAAAGGUAGCUUCUCCAACCUUGACCUCAUCGACAAUCUAGGACCUUCCAUGUUGUUAAGUAACCGACUCACAUUUCUAGGGAAAUAUCGUGAGUUCCACAAGUUAUAUGAGGAAAAAGAAUUUCAGGCUGCUGGCCAACUGUUGCUCUCCCUACUACAGGCAAGGUUGGCUCCAAAACGGUUCUGGGUGACAUUGCUUGUGGAUGCCAUUCCACUUUUGGAAGCAGAAGAGGUUAUAUUCAGCAGUAGUCAGACCUUUGACCUUAUGCACUGUCUGGAGGAGUUAAUGAGGGAAUUCAAGGACAUAGAUGUGCGUGAGAAGGAAAAACUGGCCUUACUCCGCCUAGCCCUGACGAGAAAUCUGUCUCGUGCGAUUGUGAAAGAAGGAACAGUUAGAUUACCAUGAGGCGGAAUGUUCCCACUUUAUCGAGAAUUUAUUGGUUGGAUGUGCCAAACUGCAAUGAAUUGAACCAGAUCUUUGAUACUGCUGUCAGCACUGAUUGGAGAAGACCAUGAUUAGAUGAGACAAAACAUACUAUCUCAGGUCAAAAUUUACUGGAUGGAACCGUAUAUGCCAUGUACGGUUUGAUUGGAUGAGACAAAAUGUAUUGCAGUUUGUCUAAUUUGAUUCGACGAGACAAAAUGGAAUGCAUCAGGUUUGAAGUGAAUGGAUGCAUAGUUGGUCAUCACAAUUAUUGCAUGUUAGGUAAUGAAAUUUUGAAUUGUUAUGACAGAAUUUUUGUUGUGAAGCAUUGUACUCUAGUAGCUGCUGAAAAUAAUGUGUGUAUGCAGGGAUACAGAUGUACAUUUUUAAGGAAAAUUCUUAAAACAUGCACAGUAGCAAUUUUUCAUCAUUUGUUAUGUAUGAUAAGACAAAGAAAGAAAGGGGAGAGACAACAGAGAGAGAGAGAGAAAGAGAUAUUUUUGUGGAUGAAAUUUUGUCUGAUUGAAAACUUUUAUGAACUGUUGCUAUGCUUAUUAAAAAUAAAAUGUUGUGUAUGUA